AUGCAGUGGAGCAUGAUGGCACAAUCUAUCUACUCACAACCUAUUGCAUAUGUUCAGCAGCAGCAGCAGCAAGGCCGGUGCCGAAUCCUAAGAAUCAAUCCCCAACAACCCAGUGGUAAAAUCCAAGCAGAAGCUGGAGUAACGGAGUUCUAUGACCAUAAUGACGUUCAGUUCCAAUGUGCUGGAGUGGCGGUGCUUCGUCACACCAUCAAACCCAGAGGGUUCCUCUUGCCUUCUUAUACUAAUGCUCCCCUACUUGUCUAUGUGGCCCGAGUCAAUGGCUUUGAUGAUGAAUCCGGCCGCAGGCAGGGGAUUUUUGCGGGCCUGCGAUGCCUGGAUGUCCCGAAACAUUCCAGUCAUCCCAAUCUCAGUUUGAUAGGACAUAGAGGUUCCAAAACCGGCAUCAGAAGAUCGGACAGUGCAGACAGGGUGACAUUCUUGCACUCCCAGCCGGGGCAGCUCACUGGGUCUACAAUGAGGGAGAUCAAGACCUUGUUCUGGUUGUGCUGCAAGACACCACAAACGCAGUCAACCAACUUGACACAGAACGCAGGGUCAGGAAUUCAAACUGAUUUCAUGUGUGUUAAUGAGAUUGCCGGGAACCCGGAAGGCCAAAGCCAGGAACAGCAACAAGGGCAACAAGUGCAAUGGGGCAAGAAUAUUUUCAGGGGAUUCGAUGUCAAGACUUUAUCCGAGGCAUUUAAUGUCGACAAAGAAACAGCAAGAAAACUUCAAUCUGAAGAUGAUCAAAGGGGCCACAUUGUUGAAGUUGAUCAAGGCCUUCAUGUGCUAAGGCCUCCAACUACACAAGAACAAGAAGUGGGACAAUGGCAAGGCUACAAUGGCUUGGAAGAAACCAUUUGCACCGCCAGGCUCAGGGAGAUCAUCGACAACCCCUCCCGCACGGACAUCUACAACCACAGGCCACAAGCCGGACGCUUCCACACCGUCAAUAGCCUAAAGCUCCCCAUUCUCAGCUUCUUCAGACUCAGAGCUGAAAGGGGAGUCCUCUACAAGAAUGCUGUAUUUGCGCCGCAUUGGUAUGUGAACGCGAACGGGGUGAUGUACGUGACAAGGGGCGAGGGCAGGGUGCAAAUAGUGGACCACAGGGGGCAGUGCGUUUUGGACGAGCAGCUGAGCGAGGGACAGGUGGUGGUGGUUCCGAUGAACUAUGCGGUUGUGGAGCAAGCUGGGAAUAAUCAAGGAUUUGAGUGGGUUGGGUUCAAUACCAAUGACAACGCCAUGAUCAACACCAUCGCCGGGCGCUCUUCCACUUUCCGGGGUUUACCCACAUCCGUGGUCGCCAAUGCAUUGCAAAUUUGGGAAGAUGAAGCACAACAGCUCAAGUUUAACAGGGUGGAAACCAUGAUCUUCAGCCGUGAUCCUAGGUUCUAGGAUGUCUAGGUUCGGGAGAGAUCAAUUAGAUAAUAAUAAUAAUCGCAUGUUCCCUCUUUGCUUUGAUCUGAUAGUACGUUAAAAAAAAAAAGGGUCCGUAGUG